AUGACAAACCAGAUAUGCAUAUAUGCCAUCGGUAUUACCCUUGCUGACACUGAACAUGCUGAUGCUGACGGAGAGUUUCGUCGCAAGCCGUCGACAAUUCCGUCGACAUUCCGCUCGUCCGUUUCGAGCAACCCAUCCUCGGAGUUCCCCGCACAGAAAGACCACUACGUGCUAUACCUGGGGUACUGCUGUCGGACGCAUGGCACCAGGAUCGUCCGAACCCUCAAGGAACUCGAAGACAUCAUCGAGCGGGGGUUCUUCUCUGGCCGGUUUGGGUCCGCGGAGAGAGACACGUUAUACAGAUUCAUGCUGCUCAAGGAGCUCUAUCUAAAGGCGGAUCCGCAGUACGAAGGCCGCGAGAUCAUCCGCAUGUUCUACGCCGAGUUCGACCGUCUCCUCCCCGAGGCGAUGCGAGAGGUCGACCAGCCCGCUGGCGGACUGUACCCGCGCCUGUGCGAAGCCAACAUCGACCCCAUGAACGAGGGGGUGUAG